CAAUUUGUGGAGGAGGCAUCAUAAAAAGCCCAACAGCGUCCAUUUUGAGCGUGAAUUCUCUCCAAUGGCACAACAUAUCAACAUGGAGAGUAGUGCCCAGGAAAACUCUCCUAGCUCAUCUUCACUCUCCACUGCCGCCGCCGCCGCCGCCACCACCACCACCACCUCAUGCGCCUCCUAUUCCUUUGCUGUGACGGUAGCCACGACAACCUCCUCCUCCUCCACCUCAUCGGCCGGCUUGGAUCCGGCCCUAGAACCAAGCAAAAGAAAUGAGGAUUGCGCUUCUCAAAAGGGGCCAGGGAAGUCUCCAAGCUCGCGCGCCCACUUGGAGGAGCCAACUAGCAAGAGGCGCAAGGCUGGGGGCUCCGGCGAGCACCCGACGUACCGGGGGGUCCGAAUGCGGAGUUGGGGCAAGUGGGUGUCCGAGAUCCGUGAGCCGAGGAAGAAGUCGAGAAUCUGGCUCGGGACGUUCCCCACAGCCGAGAUGGCCGCCCGGGCCCACGACGUAGCCGCAUUGGCCAUAAAGGGCAGCUCGACCUACCUCAACUUCCCCGAGCUGGCCCCAGAGCUCCCACGCCCAGCCUCAACUUCCCCGAAGGACAUCCAAGCAGCUGCCACGAAGGCCGCCGCAGCUUUCGUGCCUCUCCCGUCUGAGCGUGGAGCCGAGGAUCGUUUGGGAGCCAACCUGAGCCGGGAUGCUUCCGAAAGCUCCUUGUCCGACACAAAUUCUUCACAAGAAUCAACCAAUUGUAGCGCAAAUGACUAUGAAGAUGCCUUGUUUGAUCUACCCGAUCUGUGCGUGGAUCAACCCAACGGCUUUGGAUUCUGUCCUUCCUUCUCAUGGCAGGUUUGUGCGGCAGAUUCAGGGUCUCGGCUUGAGGAGCCGUAUUUGUCGUGGGAUCACUUCUAGACCAUUGAAUCAUAUUUUCAUUUUGUGCUUAAGAUUGAUUUGCUUGCUCUUUACACAUGUUUCGCGAGGUCCUUAUCGAGGUAAAAUCUUGUCCAAGCUCGGUCCAUCGUGAAUUGAGUGACAUGACUCGUUGAGUUUUUUGCAAA